CAGUAGUCUCCUACUAGCUAGCCCUACUUGGUACCUGUGGGUUGGGGGUGCGCUUUAGGAUGUGAUUCACUUGUCGUGUCAAUAUUCGAAUUCCUUACCAGGCUUAAAAGCUUCACGUCCGUUUUGACGAGCUCCAGUCACACCACCAAUAUUUCUCAAUGGAUUCUAAGGGUCUAGCUGUUUGCAGUGGAUUAGCCACCAGACGAGCGCCUACUGAGUACUCGUCCUUUAAGCUUCAAAUCCUAUCACCUUUCCAUAGAUUGAAACAUCCAUUCAACCAUUCAAUUUCAAGAGUCGCGCCUCGCGUUCACCAUCACCCGACAGCUUGAUAAUCGCGCAAUCUAAGCCCAAGAAAGUUUGGAUUCAAAUCCUCUUAGUACUUUUAGUUGGUUCGCUUAUCACAACGCCGACCUUCAUCAAUGAGUAGCGAUCAAUUUCUUGAUGAAAUUUGGCUAAAACUCUCCCAGGUUGCUGUCACAGGUGCCCAAUACAACUCUGGUGAACGUUUGCCCCACCCGAAAUGUUUGAAGGGGACCCGAGUUGAUCUCCUCAAAUACAUCCACGAAUCAUUGGAUGACCCAGAGAAAAAUCAACUGAUUUGGCUGCAUGGCACGGCUGGUGUCGGAAAGUCUGCCGUCGCGUUUACAGUUGCUGAAACGAUGAGAGGUCUAAAAGUGACCGAAGAGACGAACGUCGAAAAACGGCUAGCGGGAACAUUCUUUUUCUCGCGCAAGCACACAAAGCGUUGCACGGCUGGACAUUUCUUUGCGACGCUUGCCUACCAGCUUGCCACCAAUUUUCCAAGCAUCCGGAUGGAUGUGAGCAGAGCGAUCCGCAACAAUCCUGCACUAUUAAACACAGAUACGCCUCUCCGCGACCAGAUGGAGGCUCUCUUUCUCCAACCCCUCCGGAAACUUCGACUCAGAUUUCCGGGAUGUCCGCCUUUGUCGUUUGUUGUCGAUGCGCUCGAUGAAUGCACAUCUAAACCCGAGAUUACUGAUCUCAUCCUUUCCCUUGCACAGGCUCUUCGUGAGCCUGACCUUCCCGUGACCCAUAUUUUGCUCACAAGUCGCUCGGAAUCCCAUAUCCAUAAAGCCUUCCAGAACGAAGAGGUGCGCCCGUUGGUGCGCGAGAUACCCGUGAGAACUUCUGGGGACGGCAUUUCGUUGGACGGCGUAGAUGUUGACAACGACAUCUGUACUUUCUUACAGCAUUCCUUUGAAGAGCUAGAAAGUCGCCAUCCCGAUUUCCCUAAGCUAUCGACGGAUGAUCUUGCGAAGCUGGCGAGCCGAGCGGGCAGACGUUUCAUUGUAGCGUCUACGAUGAUGAAGUUUAUUAUCGACGAUGAAGACAAGGAUCCCCGCGAUCUAUUGCAGCUGAUGCUCGAGCUGACAAGCAAGCUGCUACCAGGAACGGAGGUGUACAAGUUUUACGACUGUAUCCUCUCCACAUGUGCCGACCCCAAGCGUGCUUACAUGCACUUGUCCAUUGUUGCUGCCCUCACAGACCCUCUUCCCAUUUCGCAAAUCUCAUCACUUCUUGGCCCUGGCUUAGGCAGGGAUGUGCAGACAACGUUGAUACAGCUACGGUCUUUCGUGGAUAUCCCUGGAGCCAGCAUUCUCCCUGUGAAUAUUCAUCACUCUUCCAUUCGUGACUACGUUUCCAACCCCUCAAACUGCAGCCUCCCUCAAGUCCGCGAACACGAUAUGCCAUCACCCUACUCCCUACUCGCUGAUUCCUCUUUUCGCUUGAUGAUGAAAGAGAUUCCUGAAAGCACAGCUCUCUUGGAUGCGCUCUCAGGACUGAUGAAGCAGAGCAAUGCAAUGGAACAUAAGGAUCACAGUACAUUAAAAAACCAAUUAGCCUUCCUCGUUCGGGCACCCGAACCGGUGUCUGUUCUUAUCUGCAUGCUAUGGCUUCGGGGUGAUCGCGAGUCAGAUAUGCAAGUCUGGUUAGAAACCGUGGAUGGGAGUGCCUGGCUACAGACCUGGAAGGGGCAACGCUGGCUGAAGACCUCGAAGGGACGAAAGUGGCUGCAGACCCAGGGAGGACGAGAGUGGCUGCAGACAGAGGCAGGAUUAACCUGGAAGGUCUCGACCAGUGACUCAGACUCAGACGCAAGCAUGCCAGAAUUACUAUCCGUUUCAGACUCGGAGUCGGACGAUUGGAAGGUGGACGGUCGGAUCUACCAGAAUCGAGAUGUCUUCGGCCUUUCAGGCUCGUCAUACCAGGUGAAAUUGGGGCACAAGCCAAAGUGGCUGCGGACCCAGGGAGGGCAAAGCUGGUUGCAGGCCAAGGAAGGACGACGCUGGCUGCAGGCCAAUGGAGGACGAGACUGGCUGCAGAGCUUGGGAGGGCGACGCUGGCUGACUCGGAAAUUGGGAGGGCGAAGCUGGCUGCAGACCCAGGCGGGAAGGGACUGGCUGCAAACUGAGGGAGGACGGGACUGGCUGCAGAUUCAGGCAGGACAGGACUGGUUGCAGACUCGGACAGGAUGGGAUUGGCUGCAGACCCAAGCAGGACGGAACUGGCUGCAGACCAAGGCAGGACGAGACUGGCUGCAUACCGAUGCAGGACGAGACUGGCUGAAGUCUCCGGACGGGCCAGAAUGGCUGAAAUCCCCAGACGGGCAGGACUGGCUGCAGACGUCCCAUGGUCAAGCGUGGAUAUCCACUCCUGCGGCGUCCGUCUGGGUGACUUUGGACGAAUUCUCAAGUAUGUUGGAAGCAGUCACCCAGUUUACCAUUGUCCAAGAAUUAUGUUUGCUACCAACCUUUCAAGUGGUCCGGCAGUUCAAAAGCUUGCCAGACUUCUUAAUGUUCCCAGUGUUCCUUGCGUUAAGCCUUCCACUGCAUCAUCAACAUAUCGUCCACCAAACAGGGAGAUCGUUCAUGCUAUGAACGCCUUCAUGAGUUUCACAUACAAGGCGCAGCGCAUCAGUCAAUUAUCUUCCGAUGCUCUCAAGUACGCCUGUCAAAACUAGGCCACCCAUCUCUCGCGUGCUCCAGAUCCACGGGAUGAAACGCUCAACUACAUAUUCCAGGCUUUCUUGGAUCGUUACCUCCUUUCCUGGCUCGAAUGGCAGUGGUGUUCAAAAGGUCUGCGGUCAUGCCUUGUCAUCUUAUCUGAAGGGCAGAAACUUGUUAAGUGUAUUCCAGGACCCUGAGAGGAGACUGGUUUCCGGAAGUUGGCUCUGAAAUAUUGAUCAUUCCAAACCUUUUAUAGUUCAUAGCGGCUUACGACUGUCUCUUUUUCUCCUCGCUCAGUUAUCAGCUUGCAGUCUUGAUUGCCAAUGGUUUGUUCGACUCAUUCAGGAUAUACUAAAUAGAUACAUGUAAAUUUAGUAUCAGUGGUUUGACUCACUGGGUUUCUUUAAAAGCCUA